CCCUCAAGUUGUUUUUUGCAGAGAGCAGCUUUGCAGAGAAUCACGGGGGGACCUCUCUCUUGUUUUCUGUCUGUCUUUCUUGUUAUUUUUAACCCAGCGCUUCUCAGAACUAGAUCCAGGUUUUUCCUUCAGCCCCGAAUCGAAUUUGAAUCCCAGCGCACUUUCAGAAUGCCACUUCUAUUCAGAAUAAACUGCUUUUCUCGCAAUUUUUCACUCGAACACCAGCGUCUUUUUGUCAUCCACGGUGAAAUUCGCUCAGGUCUGACCCACUUUUAGCGUGUUUGCCUCCACAGCAUCCCAUGUGUUGAAGCGAGCCGCCAGUGGAGAUGUUUUCGGCAGGCGAGGAGGUUAAUUCCCGUUUGUUUACCUCAGUGAAGGAGCCCUCCGGAGCUGCGAUCUCCCCAACACUGGAGCUCAGUCUCACUACCAUCUACACCGUCCUCUACUCCUUCUUGUUUGUGUUCGUCUACCUGCAGCUCUGGCUCAUUUUGCACUACGGACACAAGCGCUUCAGCUACCAGAGUGUGUUUCUGUUCCUGUGUUUGCUGUGGGCAGCGCUGCGGACGACCCUCUUCUCUUUCUACUUUAAAAAUGUGGUGCAGGCCAACCAGCUGCAGCCUCUGGCCUACUGGCUGCUCUACUGCUGCCCUGUCUGCCUGCAGUUCUUCACCCUCUGCCUGCUCAACCUCUACUUCACACAGGUGAUGUUUAAAGCUAAAGCCAAGUAUUCCCCAGAGCUCACCAAAUACAAGGUUCCUCUGCGUUUGUUCUUCCUGUGUCUCAGUAUAUUUUUCCUGGUGGUGAAUUUAACGUGUGCAUUGUUAGUGCAAGGAGCUCUGGAGCGCUCUGAGUCACCGAGUGAUGGGGGAAUCAGACACGCAGUUCUGGCCCGAGUCCUGAUCAACGACAGUCUGUUUGUCCUGUGUGCCAUCUCUCUGGCCGUGUGCAUCUUCAAGAUCGCCAAGAUGUCAUCUGCAAAUGUUUACCUCGAGUCCAAGGGUACAUCAUUGUGCCAAGCGACGGCCAUCGGAGCCGUGGUGAUUCUGCUCUACACAUCCAGGGCCUGUUAUAACCUGGUGGUGGUGGCCCUGUCGCCACAGGACAGGCCCAGUCCCUUUAAUUAUGGCUGGUACAGCGUCUCUGAUCAGGCCGACGUACAGGAGAUCAGCGGCGAGGCCUACAUCGUGUUCGGCAUCAUCCUCUUCUUCUGGGAGCUGCUUCCUACCAGCCUAGUGGUGGUUUUCUUCAGAGUCCAGAGACCCAACCAAAACCUGGCUCCAGGAGGGAUGAUUAACAGCCACAGCUUCAGCUCCAGAGCUUAUUUUUUUGACAACCCCAGACGGUACGAUAGUGAUGAUGACCUGUCCAGAAGCAUCAACAAUAGGACUGAUCGGGCCAGCCUCCUGUCCACCACACCCCAGCUGGGUACAUCUACCUGGUAUGGUUCCAUCCAGCGUACUGGAACUCUGGCGACAGGCGUGGCGUCGGCCCAGCAGCCUCCAUCUUCCACAGCCCCGCUCCUCUUCGCCUAUGGAAACAUCCAGAGUCACCACCAUCACCAUCACAACUACUACUCCACCCCGCAGAACAACUACCACCACCAUCACCAUCACCACAGUAACUACUACUCCACGCCGCAGAAUUUUUACUGUGGAUCGCAGACGUAUUUCUGCACCCCACAGAAUUGAGCAGACAGUAAAAGACUGAUUACUAAUUAUUCUGUGUUUUGGUCCCCAUUUUUGCAAUUUCGUCGCAAGAUCCCGCAGUGUUGCUUUGGAUUAAGGUGUGCAGAAAGAUUGGUUCAACUUAUAAAUCUGGAGAAAUGUGAUGGUUUGAGCAGUCAGAGAGCUGGUGUGCCAUAAAAACCUGCAUUCUGAGGACUUCAGGACAUUGAAUGGCUCAAAUGUGGACCAGCUUUGGUACUUUUGGUGUACAAACUGAAAAGCUUUUUCCAUUCAAUAAUCUUGGUAUAUUUCAGACUGGAAUCAGUGACCAGAUAAUCAUCAUUGUCAUCAUCGUCUUCUCCCCUUUCCUUGUAAAUCUGACCUAAUUCUAUGGAAGGUACAAUUCUGCACACAAAAGGGGAAUAUGUAGCCAGGUGUUAAAGCUCGCGAACAUGCUAAUCCUGAAGCUAGAAGGCCUGUCAGUCUAGGAUGUAAAGAUAUUAUGUUCAAUCAGCAUUUGUUAAGCUGUUGUUGGGUUGUGUUACUGUUCAUAAGGGGAACUUAGAGUAAAUGUACAAUCAUUUAAACUAGCAUGAAACUGCUAAUCUUGGCAGGAAAAGUGAAUAGGAUGCUAAGUGUGAUUCUCAAUCUUUGAAAAAAGGGUUUCCUGACUAAAAACUCGAUGACAUGCACCUACAAAGGGCAUUUCAUGAUGUUUCUUCCUCAUAAAUUUGGUAGAUUACAGAAACUACUCCCUAAUUUGAGUGCUAGGGUACAGCUAAUGCUAAAACUUAGCUUUAUUUGAAUCAAGAACUCAGCAAAAUCUAAACACAUAAAGCCAAAAAUGUCACCAGACUUGGUGAUAUUGUGUUGUUGGAGACAGGUUAUUACAUUUGUUAAACUGUGAUUGUUAACUAAAGGUGCCACACAAACAGAACGUUGUAUAAACCCUGUUAGCAGGUCGCUAACACAAUCCUACUUUAACUCAUAUGGCUUCUUGUAUACUUUGACGUGUAAAAUAAGCUUGUCAUAACUUACUGUAAUCAAAAUACUGGUGCGUUUAUUUAAGUGUUGGAUCAUCGAUGUAAAAUGCUUUCAGCCCACGUGAAAUUCAAAUGUAGCUGCUAUAGGGGCAUCAUCGUCCAUCUCAAUACCACACACCUGGUCAGUAAGCAGAGAGGAACCAGAAUAAGCCGAUUAUACAAUGGAAGCUAUGUGGAAAUGUAAAACUGGAGCACGUGAAUUUGCAACACUUUCAAGUGGUUGAAUGUCUGGGGCUAAAACAUAUCAUAGCUUUAUGUCUGUGCAUCAUCUGGACCACAUCUAAUGGAUUACAGCAUCAAUAUGUGACCUACAUUCAACACUGGAGUUUAACUGAGCACUUGGACGGUUCGCUCCAGGGUCUUUGAAGGGUCUUUGAAAAAUGUUUGUGACCAAAAAAACCAUUAAAUCCAAUUCUUUGUGAGCUGUGAGGCAACAAUUUGCACUUAAAAGAGGUUCACCUUCAGAGAAAAAGGCUUUGGAGCCUGAAUGUAGGGUUUUUUUUUCUUGUCCUAUCUUGUAUUUUCUUCUGUAAUGAUCUGUAUUCUUAAAAUUAACUAUGUAUCCUUUGAAAAAGGAAAUAUAAAUGUGCCAUCACCUUUUGUCAUAUCGAAUAGUUUCAUUCCAUAAGGAGAAUAUUUUUGCACAAGAAUGAUGUGUUUUUAAUUGUUUGUGUGAUUCCAAGCUAAGCAAUUUCUAAUCCAUGUGCGUUACUUUGAGUCGGUGUGUGUGUGAUGUUAAGUGUUUGUUGUUGAAGUUUAGUGCGUUUUUAUACAUACAUUUUCAUUUUUACACUGAUUUUACCAUCUGAUUUCUCUGUCCCUUUGUUUUUCAUAAUCUCACACAUUUUUUUUGAAUCUCAUGACAGCCUGUAAGCAAUACUUCACUUUUUGUUGUUGUUUUUGUUUAUGACCCAGUUCUCAGACCAAAAUCAGUGUAUCUGUGCUAACUAAAAGAAAAAGAAAACAUGUCUAUGAGUAUUUGAACACUGUGGUACUUCAGCUGUUGUCAAACUCAAUGUGUAAAUGACCAUGUUAGCUUCAUACAGGGAAAAAAGGCAACAUUGCAGCCUGAAUUGAAAAAUCUGCUUCUGGUAAAAAUCAUUUAAACUGCUUUAAAAGUCACAUCAGCAAGUUUUACUGGAUACUUUGACGUACAGUGAAGCUCUAAUUCUUGUGCAGAAUGCAUGUUUCUGCACCAGACUGCAAGAACUCGGUGUCUUUUUUUUCUUUCUUUCUUUUGCAGGAUGGUAUAAUUUGUGUAAAAAUGUUCCUUGCUCUGUCUGCUCCACAAAGGCAGACAUAAAUGUUUAACGACUUGUUUUAUGUCAUGAAUGGUUUUACCCGUGGCCAUAAUGAAUGUAACCUAUCGUGCAACAGAUCACUAACGAUGUAUGCAAGAGAAGCACUACCAUGUUUAAAUAAAGGCCUACUGCACUGUUUUUAAGACAAAAGCAAA